CAUUUUACCUAAUAUCGCCUACCUGCACAGCGUGUUCUUGACCGGGCCGGUCUGGUGCUAGAAGAAGGAAGAGUAGAGUUGCUGAUUAUCUGCCACCGGAGCACGGCGAAGAGCCCCAACACUGUACUGUCACAGGCAACAGUGUCGGGUUGGUUGCGUUUCCCAUCCAUUCCGUGAAGGCGAGACAGAUUUUAGCGGCCCGGGCCCGCCUUGCCAAACAAAAAGAUUUUGUUUGAUUUCCAGUAUAGUACUAUACCGUCUAAUGCCCAUAAUAAUUAUGCACAGAUAAUGACUGUGUCCAGAAACUCAGCUUGUAUGCUCUAAGUGUAAGGCAACACCGCUAGAUCCGCAGUUGGAGUGAGAAUUUAGCGGUCAGUGUGGGAGAAAACAAAAAAACUGAGUCAACAACUACAGAUCUCUCGGGCGCAUGGUGUGCGGCCGGGCAAGGAAUGGAUGUAGAGCAGACGGAUCAGUAGCAAGAGGCGGCAGUACACUAGCUGCACUGCCUGUGCAGAGGCGAAAUCUCGCAGCUCCUUUUGUGUUGAAUUGCUACACUUGCAAGCACUGAUAGCAACAGCGCCUGGUCCUAGUGGAAAGAAGUGUGUCCUCAGUGCCAGGAGGUGCAGGGAGGUGCAGGAAGGUGUGGGUGAUAGUGGAACAAGUAUCCAAGCUAACACUGGCUGUUAGCAUUGUGCUGUGCACGUGGUCCUUGAAACACACUCAGUUCUAGACCCCAGUUAGGCAUGGACUUGCUGAAACUCCCAGGCAACGCCACGGCGCCUAGUCCGACAACUUCGUCCGACCUGCCGACCAUCGACCUGCAAGUCUGGACAACGGACCUCGCUGUCGUGUCCAGUGUCGUAUCGUCUCUCGGCUCUUUUGCCAUUCUCUAUUUCUUCCUGAAGUAUAGCGACAUGCGCACGACGUCGCGUGAGAUCUUGGCCUACAUCUCGCUGAGUGACAUCAUCGGCAAUGCCAUGGUGAUAUGGGGUGUGCUGUGGACCAGCGCACAUCACAGCAACGUGUCGUCGGAUAACAUACAGUGUCAGGUGCAGGCCACGCUGCUCAUAUGCGUGGGCAUUGCCGAGUACCUGUGGACGUGUGCGCUGGCGUUCUACCUCUUCGUGAUCAUCGUGCGCGAGUCGGCCUGGGGCAACGCGCGCUGUCCCAACGUGGUGCACGCGGUGUGCUGGGGAUGUGGCUUCGUCGUGGCAGCAUUCGCGUACGGUUUCGGCAAGACCGGGGUAGAUGUGCAGGCACGCAACACUGCACAGUGGUGUAUCCUGCGCGACGCCAAGGAUCCUAAAAUCGGCGGAGACCAGGCCUACAUCAUGUGGUCGUUCCUGGUCGGCGAUGGCUGGAGCUUUCUGGCCAUCAUCUGCACCAUCACGUUCUACGUCAUCAUCAAAUACCACAUCUAUAAGGAGAAAACCAACCGUGGCACUUCAUUCAUGGUCACACGUAGCGCUAUGUCGGCUGCCUCCACCGUUGACCGUAAACUCACCUGGAUCCCAAUCAUCUACUUCCUGCUGCACAUCUGGGGACCCAUGCGCACCAUUUUCUCCCUGAGCUCAACCAACGACAGCCGGUCGCUGUCCCCGGGGCAGCAAGUGCUGCUGGCACUGGAGACGUUUGGCGACUGCAGUGAAGGCCUGACGAAUGGUGUUAUUUUCAUCCUUUUCUCACCGAAGCUUAGACAACGUAUCAAGUCGUUCCUGGCGUUGUGUUUAUACCGCUGCUGUGCAAGGCUUAGACCACAGAAGAGAAGGCAAUCAUCAAAUCCCCGCGUGCCUCAAUCGGAGCAAUCACGUCUAAUCCGUGGUACCAUCAAAUCGACAUAUGCUCAGGAGUCAGAUAGCCAGUCGCACUCCAGGGGGCAAGAAACAGGCGAUGCCUCUGUCCAGGCAAAGCGCUUUAACCCUAACUUGACUGGUCUAGGUAAUCAGCUUGGUGAGCGCGAUGUCGCUGAUGAUGACGACGGCGAAAUGACUAUGUCAGUCAACACCGAGCGGAAGUCGUUCGCUAUAUGAAUGCAAGAGAACUGUGGAACAGGCAAUGUGACUGUAAAACCUAAACCCCCACUGUUGAUGAUUAGUUGAUAUCCUAUCCCUGUUCUUGAGUGAAUCACAUUGAUUUAAAAAAUGUUGCUGACCAUAUUUCGAUUGAGACAACAACUAGAUCAAUACGUAUAGUACUCUACUCUGCACAGAUUGUCUCUUUCUUAGACUAGAGGUGACACCGUGACAUUUUUAUAGUAGUAGUGAAUGAUAACCAAAUGACCGUCUUUCCUCCUUUUGUAGAUUGUUGUAGCUCAAGUAUAUAUCAACUUUGAGGCACUCAGCUCUCUCCAACGUUUCCAUUAUUUUUAUUCAGGCAUACAUUUUACUGUACCGAUGUAGGUACAUGACUGA